GGCGGUUGGGAGGGUGUGUGUGUGUCGGUAGUUGCCUGUCGGCGGGUGAGCCAAGCGGGAGGUUAUAUGGCGCCUCUUCCCGGGGGAAAGGCAGGGGUGAAUUGGCUGUGAGGAUGCGAGGGACGGUCCCCCAUUGUUAUCGGGGAUGAGCGCGGAAAAGGGACGAAAGUUUAUCGAGGUUGCAUGUCGGUGCUGUGAGGCGCACGAAAGCACUAUUCCUCCCACUGUCGCUCCGUGCGCUAUUUUCAAGGCCCACAUUGCAGCGGGGAGCCCGACAAUAUCGUCAAGUAUUGAGCGUUUUGGUUAUGGUCGUCGUAGUAGUCGUAUUUCUGUCGUUGAAUUUGUCCUGAGAGAAAAAAAGGAGGAAUUAACGCUGUUGUGUUGUUACAUUGCCGAGAGGUCCGGGAAUGUCGUUAGUUUGAUUUCAGUUCGUUAUAAUAAUAGGUUGAACGGUGCCCGAAGGUGUAGUAGUAGCAGCAGCAGCUGCUGUUGCUGCCUACCCGAUUCACGGUUGCGAGCCGCCGAGGAAGUUUGUUUGAAUUUAUUGCAUAAGAAAGCAGCAGCAACUGUAUUUAACGGCGGUAUUGGUCGCGUUAUAUUCCGCUACCAUUACUAUUAUUACUACGAGUAG